GAGCUAUUUUUCUGCACGGUCGCGCAAGGAAACCGCAGAGGGCGGGUUGUGGGGCGGUCAAGAUGGCGGCGCCCUGUGGAGUGCAGUUGCUUUAAGAGUGGUGCCUGGAGACUGUAUCGGCGGGUGGCCCAGGGACCCGUCAGACAGGACAGGAGGCCGUGAGAGAGCAGUCUGAGAGAGAGCCUCCCCUCCCCCCCCCCCCCCACUGUCCAUCUCAGCCGCUCGCCCUCCACACCUCCACACAGCCAGCUCCAUCAUGGCCAGAGAACAGCUCAAUGUGGGGGACUUGCUCCCUCUCCUGGAGACCGCUGAUCUCCAGCAGCUCGAUGAAAUCAAAGGUCUUAUCAACGAACACCUCAGUACAGAGCGAGGAUCCAUGCUCCUGAAUGGCUUGGUGGAUUACGUCCUGGAGACCAACUCGACCCAAGCCAUGCACAUCCUGUGUUCAGUGAGAGAACCGCAUGACAAGCACCUCUUUGAUAAGAUGAACGAGUGCAUGGCUAGGCAGGCGUGUCGUUUGCCCACUCUUAACCUGUUGGGCCAAGUGGUCCGCAAGCAGCCGUCCUGGAUUCACAAGAUCGCCCGCUAUCCUUUGCUGCUCUCCCUGCUCAAAUGCCUCAAGACGGACACAGAUGUUGUGGUUCUCAUAACUGGUGUGCUGGUGCUGGUGACCCUACUUCCCAUGAUCCCUCAGGCUGGGAAGCAGCAUCUGUAUGAGUUUUUUGACGUCUUUGGCCGCCUGGCUGCCUGGAACCUGAGGAAUCCAGGACACGUUUCAGAAGUAUACCUGAUCCACCUGCAUGCUAGCGUCUAUUCACUCUUCCAUCGCCUUUAUGGCAUGUACCCCUGCAACUUCAUCUCCUACCUGCGCUCACAUUACAGUAUGAAGGAGAACAUGGACACCUUCGAGGAGGUCGUUAAGCCAAUGCUUGAACAUGUGCGCAUACACCCAGAAUUAGUGACUGGAACCAAGGACCAUGAGCUUGACCCUACCAGGUGGAAGAGGUUUGAAAUCCAUGAUAUUGUGAUUGAGUGUGCCAAAGUAUCUCUGGACCCGCGGGAGGCGUCCUGUGAGGAGGGUUACUCCACUCUGCCCGAGCACUUCUGUGGUCAGCUGCACUUGCGCCCUCCUGAUUGCACUGCCAGCCCUUACACUGACUUCCUCAGCAGCUAUGGAAGUUCAUCUUCGACUCAGUUCUCCACCCCGCGGCAGCCUGUCCUCCCUCCCCUCCCCCUGACCUCUCUCUCAGGGACCCAGCCGGCCUACCGCAGCUCUCCCAGCUCCCGCCGACCCAACUCUAGCUGUGAAUUCAACUCCAUUUACGGCAUCAAGGACACUCUCUGGAGCCCCUCCUCCCAGUGUGGUAUGGCCACGCCUCCUUCGUCAAGAGGGAUGUCACCAAACCCUGAGCUAUCCCAGAGUGCCUUUCACCUGUCUGGUCGCUUUCACAGCACUCCAGCUGGUGGUAAAGGUACCCCGUGUUCCAGCACUCCUGCUGCAUCCUCUCCUCCCCCAAGUCUCACUGAGGAGUUGCCCUCUGGGUCUCUGCACCACAGCACAACCAGCCUGACAUGCAAGGAUGGAAGGCCAAUUGACUCCAGCAAACCUCCCUUACUGAGGCAGGAACCAAUCAGAGAGCUUGAGAAAGCAGGGGGUGAGGUGACCAACCACAGAGAUUCUGCGACUGAGACUGUGUCGAUGACGCUGACUGAGCUUUCGGUCUACAUGAAGGAGCAGGAGCAGCUGCGGAUGGGAAAGGAGAGGGAGGAGGCUGCCAUCACAGAGGAGUUACUCCAGCUGACAGAGGAGAAGCGUGAUCCAGGUGGGCUGCGUGGCUUUGACUCUCCAUUCUUCCACACCACAGAGACCCUCACCGGAGCCCAGCAAAAACCCCCGUCCACGUCCACCCAGAGCAGCCUUCUCCGAGAGGCCAACAACGCCGUCUCCACUCCAGACAAAACAGACACCCAGGUGGGGCACAGGGGCAUGGGCAGCCGUGGGCCUUCACAGGAGCAGCCCUGGUCCUUCCAACCAGUAUUCACUCCCAUCCAGGACCCGGCUCUCGGCCACGUCCGCCACAGCCCGGCUGCAGAUGAAGAAGCUCUCAAAUACAACCUGCUCUCACCCAGCCCCUGCAAGGCCCCCUCGCUCCCCUACGAGGCGCUGUUUGACCUGGCCCUGCCUCGCGCCGCAUCCCUGUGUUUGGGCCACAGGACCUCGGAGGUGCUGGAGAGAGUGACGGGCGAGAGCAGGCUGGUAGAUGUAAAGGAGGCGGAAGAUCACGCAACAACAUCCGUGUCUCCUCUCGAGGUGCUAGACCGUCUCGUGCAGCAGGGCAGCGAUGCCCACGACAAGGUGCUAAAGAGAUUACCUCUGCCAAGCAAGUCAGCUGACUGGACUCACUUCGGAGGUUCUGCUCCUCUGGAUGAACUGCAGACUCUGCGCAGUCAGCUGCUGCUGCUGCAUAAUCAGCUGCUCUAUGAGCGGUAUAAGCGUGAGCAGCAUGCUGUGCGCAACCGCCGCCUCCUCCGCCGGAUCAUCAACGCCACAUCGCUGGAGGAACAGAACAAUGCCAUGAAGGACCAGCUGAACCUGCAGAAUGUGGACAUCAUGUCUCUGCGUGAGAGCCUCCAGGUUGAACAGCAGCGCUACAGGCAGCUGUGGGACGACCGGGAGACGAUGGUCACGCGCCUGCACAGCCAAAUCCGCCAGCUCCAGCAGAGCCGUGAUGACUACUACACCAAGAACCAGGAGCUGCAGAGUAAGUUACUGGAGUGUCAGAAGAGGAUGGGGGAGAUGGAGGCGGACUUACAGAGGGCUAAUAACAAAGUGUGCCACACAGGACACCAACUGAACCAGCUGACCGCCAAGUUGUCUACAAGUGAGAGUACCCAACAACAGCUGAGCUUCCUUAGCAAACAGUUGCUGCUCUUGGGAGAGGCGCAUAAACUGUGUGUGCAAGAACUUCAUCAAGCAAGCCCAGAUAUCACCAAGGAAGUCCAGAUGUUACAGAUGUCUUAUGGGAAGGAGGUGGAGCGGCUUAAGCAGAACCUGCUGCUUCAGGGGCAGAAGCUGGACGCAGCACAGCAGAGAGUAGCAGAGCUGGAGACGCAGCUCUCCAAAAAAGAGCACCUGAUCGCAGAGCAGAAGAAGUUCCUGGAGGACGUUAAGUGCCAGGCCAAGGAAGAGCUGCAGGCGUCUGACAGCAGGUACCACGCUCAGAGGUGUAUAACGCAGGUGCUGCAGACAGAGCUGUUGCAGUUAUACAGCAGGUUGGAGAUAGAAGCUCCUACUACCACUGCUUCUGCUUCAUCAGCAGGGAACACCAAAGAGCGCUGCGGCCCAGCAGAGACCAGUGUCCGGGUCUUGGAUGGAUCAGUUAAAGCUGUCUCUAAAGUGGCCCCUGCAUUAUCUCAGUCUUUGCACGGCAACGGCAGCAUUUCAUCAUCAGGGCAAGCCAAGUCCGUCAACGGCAGCCACAGCACCCCUCCUCCUGUGCUGGUGGAGCCACCACCUCUACGGCCGCACGUCCCGCUGGGGCCCCCUGGACCCCCGGCCCCCUCCGCAGCUGCACCCCUCACUGUGGGCUCCUACCCCAGCGCCAAGAGCUUCUUGGGCAUGCGGGCGCGAGAGCUGUUCCGCAACAAGAGCGAGAGCCAGUGUGACGAGGACGAAGUCCUGCGUCCGCAGCUCACCGGCCUGUCGCAGGGCCUGAAGACUGAGCUGUGUGUAGAGCCGGCUGUAAAGACUGUGCCAGGGUCCGGGUCCGGGUCUGGGUCUGCCCUCGCCGUGGCGGCUAAAGCGGCACAGACCCACGGCCUGCAACGAGCCGCCAGCCGAGGAGAGGGUGGCGGGGCCUGCGGGACUCCGGCCCGGCCGAGGCAGCAACAGCUACGGAUCAUGGACUACAACGAAACCCAUCAGGAGCACAGCUAGAGGGCGAGAAGGAGACAGAAGGUGAAAGCAAGCAAGCAAAAGAGUGAAAGAGAAAGAGAGAGAGAGAAAGAGAGAAGGAUGUGAAGGCUGUAGGCGCUGGUAAGAAAGGGAGAAAGCUGCAAGCUGAGAUCGGAUUACGCAGGACUCUUUUGAUUUCAGUGUUAUUUGUCCCAUUCCCUCAAGCGGACAACAGGAUUUGGUGUUUCUCGCCAAAAAAAAAAAAAAGAAAAAAAGCAGCUUAGAUUUAAAGACAGUGUUGGAAGGUCCUCCUAAGAAGCAGAGCAACACUGCAGGUAUAUUUGCCCCCAUAUCUGUUCUUAUGAAACCCUACGAGGCUUAUUCAUAUAUGCCCUAAGAUCUGCUAAAUUAGCAGAGCAUUUUAAACCAUUACUGAGGCCCAGCUCAAGCACAGAGCAGAGUGUCAGCCUUUUGUAUAGGUCUCUGUUUGAGUGAAAAUGAAGUUUACAGGAGUUAUAUGCGGUUUAGGUGUAGCAUUUCUGGGUAUAUAUACGAAGCUCUGCUGUGUUAUGCAUAUGGCACUUAUAUACAUACUGUAUACCACACACUGAGAUAGAUCAGCCUUCUUGUGUCAAGAAGGUUCAAAUCUAUGUUCCAGAUCCCCUAAAAGACCUGAGGAAAUUAACCCUGAUUUGCUUUCACCAGUGCAGACACCAUGCAUAUAUUGCUUUUGUGUGUGUAUGUAUGUAUGUGUCUGUGAGAAUGAGUGUGAAUGGAGAGAGAGAGAGAGAGAGAGAGAGAGAGUGUGUAAGAGAGAAGGAGGAGGAAGAGUUUCAGUAGAGGUGCUUUUUUAUAUUACUAGAUUUUUUAAUUAUUUAUUCUUUGUUGCUACUUUGUGUGAUACUGCCUUUUUAAGAGGUAAGAGAGAAGAAGUGUUAAUGCUCAUCAAAAGCAAGUCCAAACAAAACUAGCUUACAAAUCACUGUCUGAGACACAAAGUGCAGUGCCAGUUCGCCAAGUAUAUCCCCAAGUCUCUGGAUUACAGAUACUUAAUAUUAGUGUCAUAAGAAUUGCCUGUAAGAUUUUAGACUGUAUCAUUACAUACCAAUUGUUUUGUUUUGUUUUUUAAACCAGUAAGUCUUUAGGAAUUUUCAGUUUUUCCCAUAUUUUUGCUUUAGUCCAAUGUGUAACAGAUCAAGAUUGAGCAAAAUUAGGGAUCUGUAGGUCCUAAAAGGAGAAAAUUAGUAAAUCAGUGCUAUAGACCUAACUGAGGUUGUGUUGUCAAUCUGUAUUUAGUGUCAUAAAUUCAGAUCUACAUAAGCAGGAUUCUAAUUAUGUCAUUAAAAAUGGCUGCUAUCACAUAGUGUUAUUGUAUUGGCAAGAAACUACCGAUACAAUACAUAUGAUGAUGCAAUUAUAGUUUCAAUGCAUUACUUCGUUAUAUAUUGCAAUACUGUAAGCACUGCGAUAUACUGUUAAUGUUUAAUUAAAAUUUUAGGACAAUUCUUAUAAUAUAAAAACACACUAUCGUUUAUAAAAUGUAUUAUUCAUCAUUUUAGGCAAUCAGAACAGAGAGACCUAACGACAGAGUACCACACUGCCAUCUAGUGGUCGAGGUUUGAACACAACACAAAAUGAACCACUGUCUGCCACCAAUCUUUACAUGUUAACUUAUAAUUUAAAAAAAUCAGUAUUAUGUUUUUACAAUAUUUAUAAAAAUUGUUGCAGUGAUGCAAAACAAACCAUCACAAUACUUUGAUAUAUAUCAAUAUUUAUUACACUCCUAUUAUCAAAAUAAAUAAUAGAUCCUAUUUUAGAUUUGUGUACUUCUUUUCAAGAAUGGCACUAAAUUAUUUUUUUUUUCAGUUUAUAUAUAUAUAUAUAUAUAUAUAUAUAUAUAUAUAUAUAUAUAUAUUUAUCUCAGAUAUUAGCACCAUAUAUGAAAAUGUAAAUCGGCUUUGUUCCUGAGUGCGUUAUAUGGACACACAACUGACAACACAACCUCAGAGCUCUGUUGCACUAAAUUAUUAUUUUUUUUUAUUAAGUUCAUAAAUGCCAUAUCUUUGUGAGGAUGUCCAAAUGCUUAGCCCCUUUUCUGAUGAUUCUGAUGAUCAGUAAAGUGAGCAUUGCACUAAUCAGUAUAGAGAGUAUAGAGAUACUUGCACUUGAAUAUCAGACUCCACAGAUUUGUCGGAUUACUUAUCUAUAAUUAGAUGGCUAAUGUUUACUAUUAUCAGCAGCAGCAGCCGGGUUAAGGAUUUUUUAUGCCCUACACUGUGAGAUAUGUAGCCCCUGCUGUGUACAUUCGGCACAGUAUAUCCUCUUUCUGUGCUGUGUUUUAAAACAGACGUCAUAUACCACAUGGACAAAGGUAUUUUUAUUGUUUCUACUUAAAUCAACAGUUUUAAAAAGAGUUUAUCCUCUUUUUGUUGGAGUAACUGUCUCUACGGUUGCAGGAAAGGCUUUCUGCUAGAUUAUGAAGGGCACUACUGUAAGAAUUUGAUUGCAUUCAGCGAGUCAGGAUUUUGGAUAAUCGCCAGUAAUGGAGCUCCAUCAUUCCAGAGAUCACAGUUCCACUGCUCCACAGGCUAAUAGGCCCAUAGGAUCAUGUUUAUGUCUGUUUUUAAGCCAUGUCUGCAGCUGAAUAAAUUCAUUAGAAGGUGUGUCCACAAGCUUACUUUUGGACACAUAGUGUAUGUUGGCACAAAACUGGGAUCAGGACAGCAAACUGGCUGUUGUUCAAUCAUCAUAGAUCUUACUUAUAUACUAGUGCAUCUCAAAAAAUUAGAAUAUCAUUAAAAAAAAAGUUACUUUAUUACAUUAAUUCAGUUCAAAAUGUGAAACGCAUAUAUUAUAUAGAUGUAUUAUAUACACACAGUGAUCUAUUUUAAGCGUUUAUUUUUUUGUUGCUGAUUAUGGCUUAAAGGCAAUGAAAACCCAAAAAUAUCUCAGUAUCUCAGAAAAUCUAAAUAUUAUUUAAGACCUAUUGGUACUUUUGACAGUGAUGGUUUGGAGAGCCAUUCAUCUGCUGGUGUUGAUCCACUGUGUUUAUAAAAUCAAGUCCAAAGUCAGUGCAGCUUCUACCAGAAAAUCUUACAGCACUUCAUGCUUCCUUCUGCUGACAGCUUUUAUGGAGAUUACGGAUUUCAUUUUCCAGCAGGACUUGGCACACUGCCCACAGUACUGCCAAAAGUACCAGUUGGUCUUAUAUAAUAUUUGGAUUUAUUCUAUUCUAUUAUUUAAUAUUCUAACCCUUAAAAUAGAUCACUCUGUGUGUAAUACAUCUAUAUGACAAAUGCAGCGAAAAACAGACUAAUUGGCCUCUUUUUUUUUUUUUUUUUUUUACAGUCAAUACAUACAAUUCAUAUUUCAGGCUUUUACUCCUAGUCUCAAACUGUAACUGUAAAAUGCCAAAUAUAGCCCAGUAUUAAGUGGCUGUUAUUUCUCUGCACCAGAUCUGUUACAUGUUUACCUAAAAGUUGUAACUGCCUCCUUAUUUGCAUAUCGCCUUUAGUUAGAAGAUGCACAAAUACAUACUGGUUCUUUAUCUAAUCAGUUAUUAAUUCUGUUUUAUCUAAUUCAGUAUACUUAUUCUGUUACAGAAACCGUUACACUGCUAAAUCAGUUAAGGCACAGGUCAAUAGACAGGUGAGCUAUGUAUGUAGCCAAUCGACUGGCUUUUAAGCACACAAGCUUCUUCUUUUUUUUCUGAUAAUUAGCUGGUGAGGGUGGGCUUCCCAGCACUGGAUGUUUAAAAAUCGACAAAUCCUGUUGUCCUCUUGAAGUCUCUGCUGUCAUCCCUUCUGCCUUGCUAUCUAAAGCAUGUACAACAAUUCACUUUAAACGCCAACAAUAGGAACUCUACACCAUACCGAGAUACAAGGUACAAUCAGAGAGGACUGACCGCAACGUUUUGGAUUGCACCUCCUCUGGAUGGAGAAGGAAGUUCUUAAAGCAGUUGCUUGUGUUAACUGUGAAAGAUGAAAAUAAAAUCGUCUUCAAUGUUUUGCACUAUAAA